AUGCUUUGCAGUCAGUCGAAUGAGAGAGAAAAGCAAAGCGCCGAGAGUUGUUGUGGAUCAUGCUUGAGUUAUGCCUCAACAAUUCAGUUGCUCACUAACUCGCGAAGUGGAAACAACUCAAAAGCACGAGCUCUUCUACAGCAGAGUAAUGAUGAAAAUUGUGGUGCGAUGAUAACUGAAGCGAUGUGUGAUGGUCCAUAUAUCAACAACAAACAACUGAAGUAG